AUGGCAGCAUGUACUUCUACUACCCAGGCAGAAUUUGGUUGGACACUGAUGGAAAACCAUUUCAAGCUCAUGGAGGAGGUGUCCUGUAUGAUAAGAGGACCAAGGCCUGUUUCUGGUAUGGGGAGAAUAAGGAUGGCAUUACAAAGCUCACAGCAAGGAAGCAGACAGGAUUCUGUUGGUGAGGCUAAAUCGCUAGGAGGCAUGUUGGAAGUUAUGGUGUAUUGGUAUGGUAAGAAAAUUGACUGGGCUGUUUUAAGGCGGGUUACUUGGCCUAAGGGUGGUAGAUCUGGGAAGUGCAUUGUGCCAGUUAUCUCAAUUCUUUCAUACCCAGUAGACAUUCACACCAGUGGCGGUGUAUUGAAGGUUGACAUCAUUGGACUAAGUUGCUAUUCUUUGAAGGACCUGUGGACACGGAAAAAUAAAGGGCUUGUCCUCUGUGGUGAGGAGAAGAAUGCCUACCUGAUAUACUCUUCUGAGGACAACAGCGAGCUCCACAUUGGCCCGCUAACUGAUGACUACCUUGAUGUCACUGAUGUGAUGCAAAGGUUUCUCAUCGCACAGCAUCAAGAAGCUCCUGCGCUCUUCAAGCAUGAAGGCACCUUUAUGGUAACCUCUGGCUGCACAAGCUGGGCUCCAAACACUGUGCUGUCUCACAUGGCAACAUCAGUGAUGGACCUUGGGAGACACUGGGGAACCCUUGUGUGA